AAAGAAAGUUGAAAUAAACUUCCCGUUUCGUUUCAGCAACUGCAGCAUUGGAUGCGGGAAGGGGGCAGGAAAAACCGUCUCAUCAUUUCAGACCAGGGGGUGUCAGAGACCAACUCAAGUCGCACCAAACCUCAUCCCCAUUUUGACUGUCUCGUCGAGUAAAGUAUGUACAAAUAGAAGUGAACAGUUUUCUGGAUUUUUCUUGAGCAGAAAUAGAAAAAUAAUCUUGUUUUGGUCCCCAACGACCCGCUACGCGAAUGCAAUGAUGCCCAUUGAUCUUUCCCAUAAAACACAUAGAAUGCUUUGACCACCGAACAAAAUAGACAACCCUCAAUGGACUCGCCAUGCCAAAGGUUGUCCCCUUUUUCUUUCCCGUCUCUAAAACACAAGAGGACAAAAAAGAACACCACACCAAAAAGGCAGGCAGGACCGAAAAAUAAAGUGCGAGUUCAUUGUAUUUCCCACCCCGACUCGUGUUGUUUUGUACAAAAAACUUCGCUUUAUUUUCACUCCAAGAAGUGUAUACAAGACAAAAAGUGUAAGAAGGAUAAGCUUGUUGGAGCGCUUGUAGUAGCCGGUAGGCUUAGCGGCGCCGGAGGCGGUGCCGUUGGUAGGGUAGGGGGCAACGGUGACGGUGGUGGAAAGGGUGACAACGUCCUCGUCGGCGGGGCAGUCAUCCUCCUCAUCGUCCUCGCCGUCAGCACCGACACCGCCGGUAGUGGCGGGGGCCUCAGCAGAGGCGGUCUGGCUGGCGCUGGCGGAGGGAGUGGCAGCGGGAGCAGAGCCACCGAUGGUAACGUAGACGGUAGAGAGGUCAGAGGCGGAGAGGGUGGCGCUGCGAGCAGGGCAGUUGGUGAUGGUAGGGGCGCAAGAGGUGACGGUAGCAACCUCGGUGACCUCGACGGUGAGGGUGGUGUAGCCGGCGGGAGCGGUAGAGUUGUCGCGGCGCCAGUGGAAGUGGCGGGGCUGGUGGGCGGAAGCGCUGGCGAGCGAGGCCAUGAGGCCAACGGCGGCGAUGCAGGACUUCAUUUUGAUAGAUGUGGAUGGGUUUGUUUCCAACGACUUCUUAGGUUGCUCGUUCGGAUCGGGGAUCGUAAAAGGGGCGAAAGAUCAAUUUCGCGGGGGAUGUUUCUCAAAGUGUUGGCUGCAAGACACAGUUUGCGCAAAUGAACGAAUGGUAUACUCGAUAGAGAGCGUGGGUGAGGCUGAAUGAAUGGAAUGUGUCCGAAGACUGACAACGAAAGACUGUGCGGUGGAGGGAGAAAGAUGGAAAGAGUAGGUGAAGGAGAGGAAGGGCGAGAAGGUAUUUAGAAGAGGAGAGGGAGGUCAGAGUCCUUUUAGCCCGUGGAGCCCAUGGU